CAAACAGUUUGGGGAAGAAUAAUAUGUUGAAGAAAGCUGCAAUUAAAACAGAGUAUCUCUCUCUCUCUCUGUGGAACUCACAACCCAAAAACAGAGCAUCUCUCUCUCUCUCUCUCUAAGUUGAUAAUGUUAAGGGAGGCACAACUCGUGGGAGUAGGCCUCAUGACAGUAGUCAUCCAUGCCUGCUUCCUUUCAGUUUGUGUUGCUAAGCCUCACAAGUACCAGAUAUGCAGCCCCUCUUCCUGCGGAGAUAUGAGGAACAUUUCCUACCCUUUUCGAUUACAAGACGAUCCCCCCAGCUGCGGUUACCCUGAGUAUGAAUUGAUUUGUGAAAACAAUCGUACUAUGAUAAACCUUUAUGGUGGGAAAUACUUAGUUACCCAGAUCAACUACCAUAAUUAUACAAUUCGGGUAGUGGAUCCUGGGCGAAAGAAGGACAACUGUUGGAUCUCCAGUCCUCUUCAUUCCAUUGGUGCAUAUUACAUUAAUCAUGAAUCUCUAUAUUUUUUGCCUGAAUGGGAAAUCUAUACAAUAGUUUUGAUGAACUGUGAGCAGUCAAUCAAGGACGACAACUACAUUCAUAUAAUUCCAUGCAACACUAGAGGCUCUUCCUCUUCCUCACCAACAUACGCUUAUGCAGUUGUCGGAGACUAUGUGUCGGUGGGAGAUAUUCCGUAUUCAUGCACCAUCGGCACAUCUAUUAUUAUUCAACCGUUGAAGUCGCUUCAAGAGCCCAGCAAUCUUUCGAUGUCAGAUUUGCAAAAUUAUAUGCUUCUGGGGCUUCAGCUUUCAUUUUUGCCUCUCUUCUGCGACCGCCAAUGCGAAAUGAAAGGGCAGGAUUGCUCCUCCUAUACAGAUUUCAGUCGGAAUGUCGGCUUUGGAUGCUACCGAUCUUCAGAGAAAAAUUGUGAGUAAAGAAAUUACAAGAUAACCAUCUUAUAAUCUUAGAGUGCCUGAUUUCAUACUUGAUCUUUGGAGUUGGGGUUACAGUGCCUGCAAUCAAGGAAACGCGAUUUUAUAGGAAAUUAAUUCCCUGAAAAUCUGAUUAUGCUAACCAUCUUAUCUUCCUUGCGUGAGUCUUCAAUAUUUCUAUCCCUAAUUUCACUUGUUUGGUUUAAUCUUGCAGGGCUUUGGAAGUUUAUAACCAAUGAUUUAUUCCUUCCCUUUAUUAGGGGGUUGCUUUCUCCCAAAACCUUAAAAUUCCGAGGUAAGGUUGCUACUUGCAAUUAUUAUUUUCUCAUGAGAAUAAGACAAAAGAUUUAUUUAGAGUUCUUUCAUCUGAAUUAAUCUCUCCAUUUCUUGCUUCUCAAAAAAUUUAAAAUUUAGGCGAUCAAGGGCAUUCUUCCUUGUGACUAACAUGGCACGAAUGGUUUGAUGUAGGACUU